AUGUUUGAGUGUCUACAGUACGACACAGGUACUUCAGGUAAAAUAAAGAGUGCGAGUAACAAUCAAGCUUCACCAAAGAGUAUUUUUGUCACUUGGCUUGCUAUUCUAGACAGAUUGGUCACUAAGGACAGAUUGUUAGUCUGGCAAAUCCCUUGUGAUCCUUGUUGUUUCUUCUAUGCUGGUGUUGAUGAGAAUGUGAACCAUUUGUUCUUUGAUUGCAGCUAUUCAAAUGUGAUCUGGUCUUCAAUGUUACAAAUUCUGGGUUUCACUAGGCCUGUGUUAAGCUUUGCUGAUGAACUGCACUGGAUUGCAAAAUGCUGCAGGAAAACUGAUGCUAGGAGCAGACUCAUUGUGAUGUACUUUUCUGAAACUGUCUACAAUGUGUGGCUUCAAAGUAAUGCUUUAAUGUUUACAGGAAACUGUAAAUCAGUUUCUGAUUUAAUUAGGGAGAUAAUUUUUCUGGUUGCUUGCAUAUGUAAUAGCAUUGAUAGAUAUUUACUGUAUUCUGCUUAG